AUGGGUAUCGUCACCUCCAUUCUCACCAUCAUCCCUCUCAUCCUCCUCCCCGCCAUCGCCUACCGUGUCCUAAUCAUCACCGACCCUAAGCGGAACAAGCCCCUUCGCCAUGGCCGCCAAAACGCUCAAGAACCAACCCAUCUCCUCAUUGUACUCGGUUCGGGCGGCCAUACAGCAGAAAUGAUGUCCAUGCUAGAGCGGGCAGUCACAGAUCCGGAUCCAAAACUCAAGCUCAACUGGAAGGACUACACCCAUCGGACAUGGGUCGUAAGUUCCGGCGACAGCAUCAGCGCGCAGCGUGCCAAGGAGUUCGAGGAGAUGGCUACCCCUCUCAGCACGCAGGACCACCUGAUGGCGGGCAAGGUGAAGAAGGCAACAGACAUUGGUCCUGGAAAGUACGAAAUCGUGACCGUGCCGAGAGCGAGAGAGAUCCACCAAUCCCUCUGGACUUCACCCGUAUCAAGCUUGCAGUGCACGCUGGAGUGCUGGAAGGUGUUGACCACGCACACGACUGACACGAGGGACGGCCACUUACCGCAGGCUGGCAAGACCGACUUUCCGGAUCUCAUCCUCUGCAACGGGCCGGCGACCUCGACGAUACUGGUCUUCACGAGCAUAUUGCUACGGUUCCUUAACCACAGGGGCUGCAGUGAGAGGCACAAGAUGCGGACGAUCUACGUAGAAAGCUGGGCUAGGGUCAAGCAGCCGAGCUUGAGCGGCAAGCUGUUGUGCAGGGUCGUCGACCGGUUUCUGGUGCAGUGGCCGCAGCUGGAGAAAGCUGUAGGUGGAAGAGCAGAGUAUUUGGGCAUGCUGGUGUGA